AAAUAAAUUUUGGGUGCAGGCACCAUUAUUUUUGCUAUUUCUUUUUUCCGCAAUUAAAAAAUAUCAUCUCCUUUAGCAAAAAAAUAAACUCUCACCAAAAACAUACAUUGUCUCUCUCUCUCUAGUCAGUCAACUAGUCUUCCCUGCGAUCAUCACCCAUUUUCCUCUCUCAAUUCUAGUUGUUUCCAUGCCCUCUUCCCUCUGCCAUUCUUUUGGAGACCCACUAGGAAUGGGUCCAAUCCAUGGCAUCAACCAGAAUUAAGAAUCUACUAGUGGACUUGGAAAAAAGGUUCUUUGAGCAAGCUCAAUGGGACAAUCAGAAUGUCAAGAAAGACAGUCAUUCUUGUUUAUUUGAUAUUGCUGAAGUGAAUAAGCUUUUUACUUAUGAUUUAUUGAAUUACAAAAUUUUGUAAUUAUUAAGGUUGAAGCAGCAGAUCUUUACUAAAAGAUCCUCCCACACUUGAGAACGUCUUAACAUAGAGAUUUUGGAAUCAUUCAAAUGUUCAGAACAUAAAAAAGAAAAGAGAAGACACAUUUCAAGAAGUAUUUACUGUCCAUAGAACAACUUAUAUUUGUAUAUUUAUACAUGUUAUUAGAAAACUUAUAGCCUUGAAUGGUAAUGGUUUGGAUGCAUGCUUACGAGAUAUAUGUUCUUAUCUAGAUCUUGUUAUUGAUGUAUGAAUGCAGGCAGUACCUGAAGAAGCAGUUCCACCAAAAACAGCUUGCAUGUACUGUUUUGGAAGCCUUCCAGCUGAUCCCAUCAAGCUUCCACCAACUAAACCAUCAGCUAUACAGCAAAUUGCGACUGAAGCAACUGUUACACCAUAGGUUUUCUCACUUGAUUCUGUGCACCACACCCAGUCUAUCAACGGAGCCACCAUUAAUGAGAGAACAAACAUAGAAAAUCCCAAGUUGAGUGUUAGCCUUGAACUCAAUUUCCCAUAACAGCUACCCCAAAUUAGCAUCAGAACUAGAACUAGUAUUGAACAACUCAUGUAAGCCACAGAGAAAACCUUCUCAACAUGUCUGUUUGGAUAGAGAAAGCCAAAGUAGUCAACACCUGUGAUAAAAGCAUUCCAAGGAAGUAAAUUUCCAACACCAAGCAAGAAGUGAAUAAUGAUGUUUUAGAAGUCUUGGUUGGACCUUAAAACAUCAUUUAUGGAAGGGGGGAACUCAAGAAUUGGGAAAUGAUAUAUAUAGUUGACAAGAAAAGCAUAUUCAAGCUUCAUUCUAGAAGGCUUUGGCUAGUUGGAGUGGCGAGGCUAAUUAGUAGGCUAGCCAAAAUCUAUGGCUUACAAUUUUUAUGCACAUUCUUGCACUUUAAAGGCAGAUAAGUCACUAUAAGACCAACCGUGACUGAAGCAAACUAGAACCAACAUAUGGGCAGCUGAAUGGCUCUAAUUUCUUGGUUCAUCGAUUUGAUUGAUGGGUUGAGUUCAUAAUCAAAUGUGAUUUAUGAAUAUGGAAGAUUUAUGCCAAGUGGGGACAAAAAUGGAUGGGCCUUAUUAACAGAGAGGUUGUAUUUUGGAAAUGGAUUACCCCAAAGUUGUUGGGUCUGGUUACACAGACCUCGGUAUAUCAUUGGUCAAUUGAAGGUAAGACUGAACCUGUGAAGAUGUUCGAAAGAACUGUUAAUCUGGCAAACAAUCAGAUAAUAAACUAUCGAUGUGACCCUUCUGAAAAGUGGUUGGUUUUGAUUGGAAUUGCCACUGGUGCUCCUGAGAGGCAAAAUCUGGUUAAAGGGAAUAUGCAACUCUUUUCAGUGGAACAACAGAGAAGUCAAGCUCUGGAAGCUCAUGCUGCUGCUUUUGCACAAUUUAAACUAUGUUUUCUUUUACCAAGAACAUUCUUUGGUUGGAUGAAUCCCCUUAUGCAGCGUGCAUAUCAAAGACCAACAACAGAGAAGGAAGUGUGGAAGUUAGAUACUUGGGAUAGAACAGAAACAUUGAAUGCUAAGUUCCAAGAAUAUUGGGUUAAAGAAUCUCAGAAGCCAAAGCCAUGGCUGUUAAAAGCAUUAAACAGUAGCCUUGGAGGAAGGUUUUGGUGGGGAGGCUUUUGGAAGAUGUGACAAGCGAAAUAGAAAAUGAUACUUAAUUUUGAAGGCUUUGUGUUGGGCAGCUAUAGAAUAUUUUGUGCUGAAAGUAGUAACUUUUCAAUAUGUUGAAUAGUUAAGACUACUUGAAUACUUAAAGAACAUUUUGUUGUUGAUGACAGUGUUGAAUGUUUUAACUAAUUUGUGGAUUGUUAAUACAAUGUUGAAUGUUUUUACUUUUUGUUAUUUGAAAAUCAAGUUCAUUUGA